CAACCACAACUCACCUCCACACAUCAACUCUAGAUAUCUAUCUCCGCCUUCAUUCUCAAGACAGAUCACCAACUCAAAUCCACCUCCAAUCCUCACCACAAUAAUGGCACACAACACCCACAUCCCCUGGACCCUCCUCUCAACCCACCUAAAACUAACCCCCACCUCACGCAAACCCUCCGGGCACACAAACCUCUACCCCCGCUACCUCCCCACCCAAGCCGGCGAACUAGCCCACUUCGCAUCCAUCUUCGCCCGUACCAUCCGCACAUUCUCCUCGACCGAGCGCUCCAAACACCCAUCUCCCACCCCGAUCCCCUCCCCCUCCCCCUCCUCCCUCAUCAUCUCAGACCGCACCGCCGCGAAAAAUCGCGAAAACAGUCUCCCACUACUACCGCACCACAUCCACCAACCUCGCGUGCCGGGAAUCCGGAGGCAAGACUUGUAAAACAUCCCCCCCAACUCAAGUGGUUGCUUCUGCCCUCUGCCUAUCGAAGAUAGAAAGAUGCACAUCUGGAUCACAGAACCAAACUGCCGCCUGACCACCUGACCCCAAUUGCUGCUGCUACACCU